AUGUUCUCCCGCGUAUUCGUCAGCAUCACCAUCCUCGCUAUCGCGUACGCGAAGGCAACCACCCGCACCAUGCAGGUGCACGACGUACGCUUGGCCGCUCCGACCGCGUUCACGAGUCUCGGCGCCGCGCCCGCGGACAUGGUGCUCACCGUCAAGGUCCAGGUCGCCCAGAACGACAUUGCCGGGCUCGAGAAGGCACUCAUGGACGUCUCCACGCCCGGCAACGCCCUCUAUGGCCAGCACCUCAGCAAGGAGGAGCUCGAGAGCUACACCGCACCCUUGAAGGCGGAGUCACUUGACGCCGUGACCGCGUGGCUAAAAGAGAACGACAUCGAGGCGUCCAGCGCGUCCCCCGCAGGCGACUGGCUUAGCUUCGACGUGCCGGUCAGCAAAGCAAACGAGCUCUUCGAUGCGGACUAUACGGUCUUCAAGCACACCGGCGGCCGGGAGCUUCUCCGCACGCUUUCGUAUUCCGUCCCGGAGGACCUCGCCGCGCACAUUGAUGUCAUCCACCCGAGCAACACGUACCCCUCAGCGUCCAACGGCAACCUCACCUCGCGCGGGGUCCCCUACUCGUGCGCGUCGAUCGUCACCCCCGCCUGUCUCCAGGCCAUGUACGACAUCCCAACUACGGUCAUCGGCGAGAAAACUAACGUCCUCGCCGUGAGCGGGUUUAUCGACAUGUGGGCCAACGAGGCGGAUCUCAAGUCCUUCCUCUCGACAUUCCGCAAGGAUCUCUCCUCUUCGACAACUUUCGCUCUCCAGACCCUCGACGGUGGCAGCAACCCGCAGACGCCGCGCAGCAGCGCCGGUAGUGAGGCCAACCUCGACAUCCAGUACACCGUUGGUCUCGCGUCCCCCGUCCCAGUCACGUUCGUAUCCGUUGGCGACGAAAUCAGCGACGGUGCCUUCGGGGGCCUCGACAUCAUCAACUAUUUCCUCAACAUGUCCACGACCCCGACCAUCCUUUCGACCUCGUAUGGCGUCAACGAGACCGACCUGAGCCCGUCGAUGGCGAAGUCGAUCUGCAACGCUUACAUGGCUCUCGGCGCGCGUGGAACGUCCAUCCUCUUCUCUUCCGGCGACGGUGGUGUCGCCGGUGCGCAGUUCGGUGCGCAGUUCGAGAACUGCACGGUCUUCAUCCCCUCGUUCCCCUCAGGCUGCCCUUACGUCACCUCCGUCGGUGCGACGACUGGCAUCGUCGAGACCGCGGCGGACUUCACCUCCGGUGGCUUUUCGAAUGUCUUCGGCCGCCCAUGGUACCAGUCCUCGGCCGUGUCCUCCUACCUCUCCACGCUCGGCUCGACGAACGCGGGCAGGUUCAACGCCACCGGCCGCGGGUUCCCCGACGUCUCUGCGCAGGGCGUGAACUUCUCGAUCGUGCUGGACGCCCAGCCCGUCCUCACCAACGGCACCUCGUGCUCGGCCCCGACCUUCGCGUCCGUGGUCGCGCUCCUCAACGACGAGCUCAUCGCCGCCGGCAAGAGCCCGCUCGGCUUCCUCAACCCGUUCCUGUACUCCACCGCCGGCGCGGCCGCGCUCACGGACGUCACCUCGGGCUCGAACCCCGGCUGCGGCACGGACGGCUUCCCGGCCACGGUUGGCUGGGACCCCGUCACCGGCCUCGGGACCCCCAACUACGCCGCACUCCGCAUUGCGGUCGGGCUCUGA